UUUAAACGUCUGGUUUCGCGUCGAGAAGAGUAGAUAGAAAUCGAGAGGUGGUGUGGCGCCACCAAUCAAGCAACCUCUUCUCUUUCUCUAACUGAACGAAACAUACAAUUUCCAUGGCUCUAGCUCAAGUCUCAGCCUCUCUUUCCCUCUCCAUUCAUGAUAGUUUUGCUUUGAGCUCACCAAAAACUCAUGGCUGUUCUCGAUUGCCCACUUCGAGUCUUGCGAAAAUCGUGACUACCUUUGCCUCUGGUUCUCCACUCUUAGCAUGGAGAAUUUCUCACAGAAGGAAUCGCUCAUGCAAAGCUUCUCCAGUUUCAGUGAGAUGUGAGCAAAGUACCCAGGGGGGCAACAGUUUGGAUGUAUGGCUAGGUCGGCUUGCAAUGAUCGGCUUUGCAGUGGCUAUCAGUGUUGAAAUAGCAACAGGCAAGGGACUUUUGGAGAAUUUCGGGCUGACGACACCCUUGCCUACGGCAGCCUUGGGAGUUACAGCAUUAGUUGGUGUUUUAACGGCAGUAUUCAUCUUCCAGUCUGCCUCUAAAAAUUGAUCGCACUUGACGAUCAAAGAGACAUAGUCACAUUUCUGUUCAGUAAUUGUAUUUUUGUCUGUGUCAACACUUGAAAUGUACUAAUAAUGCAAUUUUAAUUUAUGCGAA